UCCAUACACGGACACAUGCUUUUGCACACCUUGUUUUGUUUCUCAGGAAACUGUGACGUGGAGGACACUGUUGAAAAGCAGAAUGUUGAAGAGUAUGUCCGUGUGGACGAGUGUGUGAUGGAGACAGAUGUGGAUACAACUGAUGGGGACGUCUCUGUUUUAAGCCAGGCAAAACCUCUUUAUAACAACACCAUGAAGCUGUAUGAGGCCGACCGCUUUGACUUCCAGCCCACUGAGCUAAAGACUAAGAAACCAGCCAAAAACCGUUACCGUAUUCCUGUUCUCAUUCUGCUCUUCCUGCUGCUGAUUGGACUGAAUUGUGUGCUGCUGUAUAAAGUCUUCACUCUGGAGGCUUGGGUUUACACUCACUGUAGAUCAGCUGAUGCCAAAGCAGAGGAACGCAAGUCUGCUGAGGCACUCAAACUGGGCAAUUCCAAAUUCGACGAGGAGUGUCUCUCCGGUCUGUGUGGCAACGAUGGGACUUUAGAGAAAUUAAGAACUCAACUAAACCAGCUCAACAUUAGUGCUGAGAGAGCUGUGGUUUGCCCGCCUGGUCCACCUGGCAUACCUGGAUUGCAAGGUCCUCCUGGAAAACCAGGGAUACUGGGACAGAAAGGAGACUCUGGCUCACCAGGUCAGGUAGGUGAGCCUGGAGCUCCAGGUGAAAAAGGACAGAAAGGAGACCAAGGACUAGCAGGGGAAAGGGGCCCGGUUGGCAUGACGGGUUCACCUGGUAUUCCAGGCUUGAAGGGGGAUACAGGAGAGAGAGGAAUGAAAGGUUUACCUGGGGCUGAUGGUCUUCAAGGUACAACUGGACGUGUUGGUCUCCCAGGAUUCCCAGGGCUCAGUGGACCACCAGGACCCCAAGGAGAACCAGGUGACAAGGGUGAGCAAGGAGAACAGGGACAUCCAGGUCCUAGUGGUCCUCCUGGUCCAGAGGGACCUCCUGGUCUGCAAGGUCAACCUGGAGAAAAAGGCUCACCUGGACCAAAGGGAGACACUGGCGUUGGCCUUCCAGGGAACCCAGGACAACAGGGAGUAAAUGGAAGUCAAGGAUUGCCAGGAGUCCCUGGACCUCAAGGUCCGAAUGGAGAAAAGGGCAGCAAAGGUGAUCAGGGGCUAAUGGGAGCUCAAGGUCCUAAGGGAGAGAAGGGUGAUGUAGGACCCCCUAGUGCGAGUAGUGCCCCUGCUGUAGUUCGUUUAGUGGGAACUUCCAGCCGAGGAAGAGUCGAGGUGUUUUAUGACAAUGCCUGGGGAACAGUGUGCGAUGACAGCUUUGACUCCGUGGAUGCUUUGGUGGUGUGCAAGAUGUUGGGUUUCCAGAGGGCAACUCAUGUAUUCACGGCCGGUACAGGGAUUGGACGCAUUUGGCUGGAUGACUUGAGAUGUACCGGAAACGAGAAGAGCAUUUUUGACUGUCCACAUGCAGGAAUGGGAGUUAAUAACUGUAGCCACAAUGAGGAUGUUGGAGUAGGUUGUGCUUGAAUAAAUCGAAGAAAACUUCUCACACCAAGAA